GCAGUAGCUAAACGUCAAACAUGAACAAGGAUUCCUUUUCUGAAGGAGUCACAGACAAACAUACCGUUUGUAUUGUGUCGCCAUUUUCCACGUUACCACAACUGAUACGAAAACGACUUCCUGACGUCAACGUGAUAGACUUUCCAUCGCCCAAAGGUGUGUAUUUCUACCUGAAAUUAGUGAUUUUCCACGUACAGAUUAGUGUGUGUAUUUCUACCUGAAAUUAGUGAUUUUCCACGGACAGAUUUAGAGUUAUAUCACUUUCCUAUGUAUCAUACAUGUACCCUUUCCGCGAAAAAGGAAUUGGUGAAGUUUAUAAGAAAGUAUUACCAUGUUUGUCGGACACCUUCAAAUAUUUAAUUCCAUGUUAUGUUUUGGGUCAACUAGAUGUCAGUAAUCUGAUAGAUGAUAUCAACAGGUGUGAAGCUGACAUCAUUGUUAUGUUUCCAUAUCAUUACGUUCGAUUUAUAGAAAGAGGAUUACGUGUAAAUAUCAAAUGGUUUCACUCAAUAAGCGCAGGUACUGAAGAAUUAUUUACAGCUUUUUCAAAGCAACCGGAAAAUGUCAUCUUUACAAGAAUGGGCGAAGGACAUACCGAUUUGAUGGCGGAAUAUGUACUCGGUCAAAUAAUUUCACGAGAACAAUACUUCCCUGAAAUGCUGGAGUAUCAAAAACAGAAGAAAUGGGACAGGGUGAAGUUCCUCCAGAAACGUUCACUGGCUAACUUGACCAUCGGAUUAUUGGGAACCGGAGCAAUCGGCUCAAAAGUUGCAUCAGUAUGCAAAGCAUUUGGCAUGACGGUUUGGGGACUCUCUAGAACGAAGAAAGAUUCACCAAUUCCAAACUUUGACAACCUGAUGGAGAAGAGCGAACUGUCAAAGUUUCUUUCGGGCUGUGACUAUGUGUGCAGUGUUCUUCCUAGCACACCAGAAACCAACGGGAUGUUAUCUGGAGAUGUUCUUCAAGCAUGCCAAAGAAAGAAAGCUACGUUUAUCAACAUUGGAAGGGGUGGAGUGGUCGAUGAGUUGUCUCUUCUGAAUGCUCUGGACAAUAAUUGGAUAGGAGGAGCUAUAUUGGAUGCAACCGAAAAGGAGCCAUUGCCGCCUGAUAGUAAAUUGUGGUCACACCCAGACGUGAUAUUAACUCCACACAUAUCAGGACCUUGUAUAGCAGAGGCGAUUGCAAAAGUCUUCGUUUCAAACUACCACAAAUUCGUCAAUGGCGACACACUGGAUCAUCAGCUGGACUGGGAACGAGGAUACUAGACAUUAUGGAAAACAUGUAUAUUUUCGGACGAACAACCAAACUUAUAAUUCUACAUAAGAAUAUUUGAUUUUAUUGUGCUAUAUUAUGCAAAUAAAUAAGAUAAUGCAAAUGU